UUGUCUUGUUUUCUGCCUCUCAUUCUAUUCCUUAUUAAUUCUUUCUCUCUUUCAUAAGCACUUGUACUCUGUCCCUUUCUUUCCACUCUUUAUUAUUUGCAACAUAUUCCUGCUGUUUCUUUUUUCCAGCAUAUCUUUCACUUUUUUUGCUAAACUGUUGUGAUUUAUUUUCUUUCUUGGUGUUCUCUGCCUCUUGCAUAGCAUCUCAGUACCCCCCUCCCCUUUUCAGUCAUCUGUUCCCUGUUCCUUUAGUGCAAUAAAUCUGCUUUCUUUCUCUUUAGUUUCCAGCUCUCUUUUCUUAUGCGCUACUUUUUCUACUACCUUCUUUGUUGCUUCAUUUAUUUCUGCACCACACCUCCACAUUCUCUGGCUGGUUAUUUCCUCCUUAUCAUUUCUUAAAAACAUAUAACAUUCUUUUUUCUUCUGUUCCGUAUCCUUUAUAUAUUUGCCUUUUGUCUCGCUUCAUGCUUUUCCUUCACUGCUUUUCGUCUGCCUUUUAUCUUUCCUCCUCCUGUUUCUACUUAAAAUAAAAUUUCAACAUUCCCCUGCAACCCUUCUGCCUCCUCUGGCAUCCUUUGACACACCCAAAUCUUACUCUUAAAUGGGAUCCUAGGAUACACAAACAGCAAAAAGAAAGUGUAACAUUGGUUUUGAGCUAUGGGACCAAAGUCAUCUUCUGGAUUCUACUUGAGCAGGACAUCAGCUGCUUUUUUGACACUACUAUUGGCUGCCUUGAUUUUAAUAGUCAUUAUACUUGGAGCUCUAUAUGCACGAACAAGAACACCUCAAUGGUCUCACCACAUCUGUAACACUUCUACUUCACUGGAGAACAUUACAGAUCCUACAGGCAGACCAGGUGUCUGGAAUAAUCCACGUCUGCCUCAUAAUUUAGUGCCUUUGCACUAUGACUUGGAGUUGUGGCCAAGAAUGCAAGCAGACGAUGAGGGUAACUAUCCCUUUUCAGGACAAGUAAACAUCACCAUAAGCUGUGUAGAGGACACAGAUGUUCUUCUGUUGCACAGUGUUCAGCUGAACUUCUCCUAUGUUGGUCUCAGACUUCUGGGAAACAAAUCUAUAUUGGAUCAGAACAUGGAACAUUCUAAACUAGAAGCAAUUGACACAUCUACACUGCAGGGAGGCAAAGCAUACAAACACCUGCAAGAUCCUGCCUAUAAUAUUCAUGGAGGCAAUAUCAGCAUAAACAGUGUAUGGACCUUUGAGGAUAACAGUUAUAUGGUACUGGAGCUGAGUGAAGAACUUGCUGCUGGGAAUCUUUACUUUCUGGAGCUUAAUUACACUGGAUUUAUAAGGCAAAAUUCUGCUCUCUAUAUUACACAUUACAAAGAUUUUAACAUAGACAAAGCCGUGGUUGCUUCAUUGUUGGAACCAGAGUAUGCACGGGCUGUGUACCCAUGUUUUGAUGAGCCUGCGUUAAAAGCAACAUUUAAUAUUAGACUUGUGCAUAAUUCAAGUUACGUGGCGCUUUCCAACAUGCCUGCAGUGGCUGUUUCCGAAAGGGAAGAUGAAGAUGGAACUGUGUGGACUGUUACCACCUUUAACACUACACCAAAAAUGUCAACAUAUAUAACUGCUUUUGUUGUUUGUGACUUUGAUUACGUCAACAUCACUGAAAGAGGCAAUGAGAUCCGAAUUUGGGCACGUAAGGAACUAGUGCAGAAGGGGUUUGCAAGCCUUGCUCUGAGUAUUGCAGGCCCACUCCUUUCAUACAUGGAAGAUUUAUUCAAUGUCUCAUAUCCUUUGCAAAAAACAGAUUUUGUGGCCCUGCCUGACCUUGACGUUGAAGCGAUGGAAAAUUGGGGAUUGAUUACUUUUAUUGAGGGAGCACUGAUUUAUGACCCCAAGCAGAAAUGUAGUUAUUCCAAAUUUAGGACGUCUCUGAUUGUUUCCCAUGAGAUAGCGCACCAGUGGUUUGGAAACCUUGUUACCAUGAAAUGGUGGACUGAUCUAUGGCUGAACGAAGGAUUUGCAUCUUAUGUGGAGUAUUUUGGUGUUACGUUUCUUGACUCCAAAUUAAAACUGGAUGAAUUGUUCACCAUGCACAACUUGCAGCCCAUCUUUGAAAGAGACGUAGGAGCUCACGCUAAGACUGUGUCACUGAAAGAAGAGGAGCUCUAUGAAGCCGAUUCCUCUAUUAUGUUUAAUGAAUUCACAUACGACAAGGGAUCUGCCCUUGUACGAAUGCUGUCAAGUUUCCUGACAGAGAAACUCUUCAUCAAGGGAAUCAGCUCAUAUCUGAAGACCUUUUCGUUCUCAAACGUUGACCAGGAUGAUCUGUGGAAUCAUUUGCAAAUGUUUGUAGAUCAUCAAGAUGAAGUUCGACUUCCAACAACAUUAAGACAUAUUAUGCAGUCCUGGACAUGGCAAAGAGGCGUUCCUCUUAUCACUUUAAAAACAACUACUGGGGAACUGGCUGAAGAGCUGUUCAAGACUGACAACACAGAAAACAUCACAAGUGACAGCAAUCACACAUGGAUUGUCCCUAUAACUUGGAUGAAAAAUGGAAUUGAGCAAACAUCACUCUGGCUAGACAAAAAAUCCAAAGUGUUUCCAGUAAUGACAACUGCAGCAGAUGAGUGGAUUGUUUUAAACAUCAACGUAACGGCAUAUUACAGAACAAAUUAUAAUAAAGAAAACUGGAACCGCCUGGCAAAACAACUUGAAACCAACCCAAAGGUUGUACCCACAGUCAAUAGAAUACAGCUGAUUGAAGACGCAUUUACUUUGGCUAGGUAUGGUUAUACUGAAUUUGGGACAGCACUUAGUUUAACCAAGUACCUUGAGAAAGAAGAGGAAAUCACUGUGUGGUACACGGCAUUGAAACAUGUGAUGUCUUCAUAUUAUCCGCUAAUCACUUAUACCAACUUCCCCCUAUUUAAGAAAUACAUAUUGAAAAGAAUAAAUCCAAUAUACCAGCGAUAUGCAAGUUUAAUUCGGACGGAUUUCAAUGAAGCAGCAGAUGAUUAUUUUAUACAAGUGCACAUUGAGCUCAUUCUUGAAACAGCAUGCUCGUUUGGACUGCAAGACUGCCUGCAGCUGGCACAUGAGCUGUAUGCCACAUGGAUGAAAAACUGUUCCUGUGAUGUCAUACCAGAGUCCAUCAGAAACCCCAUCUGCUGCUAUGCCAUUGCCAAUGGUGGUGAAAAAGAAUGGGACUUUGCAUGGGAAAUGGUUAAUAAAUCAGAAGAAAUUGAGAGAGACUUCUUGUUUCAUGCCUUGAGCUGCACCAAGGAGCCUUGGCUCCUUCACCGGUACUUACAAUAUUCUUUGGAUAUGUAUAAAUCCUCAACUUUCACAAUCUUUCUCGAUGUCAUCAAAACUGAAAUAGGAAGACACAUAGCAUGGGAGUUUUUGAAAGAAAACUGGCAGCGCAUAAAAGAUAUUUUUGGGCCAAGAGAUGCUGUCGACUUUUACAAUGUGUUAUUACCGACUUUUGCAUCAAAAGCGACUUCAGAUUUACAAUUCCAGGAGAUACAGCUGUUCAUCAAUACUACAAUCAAUGAAAAUCAAAGGGAAAGAAUACUGGAGCAGGUCGAGAACAAAAGGACAAAGAGCCUGGGCUGGGCGAGUAAAAUAAACAAUGAAAUACUCACUUGGCUACAGAGUAAUACAGAUGAAGCCAAGAUCUGAGUGCGUCCCAUUUUGAACCACCUGCAACUGUUAAUAGCUUUCAAAAAACCACCUGUAUAUAAAUAUUUUUCAAUUCAACAGCAGAGUAUUUAGUGUAUAAAUAUAUUUUUCCAGCUUGUGCGAAAGUAAUUAAAUUGAAUAAAUUCAUCCUGAUUUA